AUGGAUUUUUACCAAGAAAAUGCAAUCGAGAAUUGGACGUGCGUGGCUUUAUUGAAAUAUUAUCGUUUGAAGAAGAAGCAGAAGGAUAGAAAGAGGAUAUUCGACUCCAUUAAAAAAGAUCUUAUACUGGUGGAAGAUUCUGUUUCUUUCAGUCCGGAAAAAAGGAGAAAGGCUCGAGAAAUCCUUGACAACUGGAAGAAAUGGACCGCGCCGGUGAAGAAUAUUAAACAAACAUGUGCCAGUAUUCGAAGUCUGCGGGUGAAGCGGGUAAACCAGCUUGCAACUUCGGCUGGGUUGAUAUACAAUGAUAAUCGUAAAGCUCCAAGAAAACGUUUUCGAGAUGUAGAAGAUGAAGGGGCUAAUACAAAAAAUGAAAACGAUGUUUUUAAUAAUGAUGACCCUGACGAAGUAAUGGGAUUUGAAGAUGGUGAACUAGAUGAAUUUUUUAGUUCAUCUAACGAGGAUGAAAUAAUAAAAUUUGAAGAUGGCGAAUUAGAUGAAUUAGAAGAGCAAAUUAUGUCUAGUUCAUCCGACGAGUGGAAUGUGGGCGCAGUUAACGUUUCAAGAAAAUUUAAAGAGUACCAAAAACAAUUAAUAUCAAGUAUUAGGCAGGAAAAAAGAAAAUUGACGUGGAACGAUACUUAUGAAUUAUUAGCAUUAUCAUCAAUAAUUGUAAUGCAUUGGCAUUGCCCCUACUCUACGUUUACAAACUCUGAAUGGCAACAAGUUCUUGAUUCGAAUCCAUAUAAGAUUACGGAACCUGUUUUAACGAAUUCACUCUUAACAACUUUAUAUAAAGCAACGAAUGACGUUUCACUUGGUCUAAGCUCUCCGUUUAUAAAACUUCUUGUCGGAGAAUGCACAUCUUAUGAUUUGGAAUUAGAUAUAGGCGAAGACGGAAAUCAGGAGGCGGAUUUUAACUGUGUAGUUGAUGGCAUUCCGAUAUUAAAUUCCGAGAUUAAGCCCUUAGAUUAUACUCAGUUGAUGGAGGAUCAAGAUUUCGUAAGAGUGCACCUCAAAGGGAAAAAAUCAAUCAAUAGUUUGCUAGAAAAGGGAGGACCAAACAAAUCAAUAGCUCUCUUAAACAUGGGAAAUAACUUGGAAUCGUUUGUCAUCGAUUUGACAUACGACGGGGUCUUAACGAGUGAUGGGAAUAAGAUUGACAAUAACGAGAUCGAAAUACCGGACAUUUUGCCAGAGGAUUUUGAAGUUUUGCUCAGGUAUAUUUACAAUGGUCAUAUUUCCUCGGAUAACAAAUCGCCUAUGGAGAAAUUCAAUCUUUUACUUGCAGCCAUAAAACUUGACCUCGAGGGAGCCGUCAAUCAUUUAGAAUCGGAACUGAUCAAAUCUCAUCACGAAUGGUUAUGCAAGAACUUCUCGUUGGUCUACGACACGUGUCAGCAGUAUCGGGAGUUGGUGGUUCUUCUGAAUUACUGCGUGAAGGCUCCGAGCACACUGUUCCUGUCCGAAGAGUUUAAUAAAAUCGAAAAGCGAGUUUUAAUGGAUUUGCUUGGAAAUUAUGACCCCGAAAUUGACGUGAUUGAAAUUUGGAACCGAGUCCUCAAAUGGGGUUUGGCCAGACACCCCUCGAUAAACGCCGAUCCUAAAUUGUGGUCCUCCGAGGAAAUUAAAGCGUUGACCAAGACUCUCGAGAAUCUUCUUCCGUUAAUUCGAUUCCAUCAACUGUCUUCCGAGCAGAUCAAUAGUAACAUGCAGCCAUACCAAAGGCUCUUUCAAGAAUCGGUAUAUGAAGACCUGAUCACGACCAACAUUGAAUACUUCAAGGUCACCCACGAGACGAGUGUCUUACACUUCAAAAUACCCGAGACGAUUAACAACUGGUUUAAGGGUGAACAUCAAGCCCUUUCACUUUUCAUCUGCCUGGAUACUUCAGGCUCCAUGUCCGGGUCGCUAGAACAAGCCAAAGAAGCCAUAUUGAAGGUCAUGGAAGGAUUACUGCGAAAAGGCAUUCUUGUUGAGAAGGACAUCACAUGCCUUUUCUUUGAAACAAAUUGCAAAGAAGUAAGAUUUGGCGAUGACCCUAACAUGCUUUGGGAUAAUGGUGAAAUAAAAAAUUACUUUGAUGGCGUGAGAACUGGAGGAGGUACAAACUUCAAUAAAGUUUUUGACUCGAUCAUAAAAAACCUUGAUAGAGUGGACAACGACCUGGCCAUCAUCUUCUUCACCGAUGGUAUUUCUACUUAUGAUGUGAGUGAACAAACCAAAAAGAAUCUGGAAGAUGCCUUGUUAAAGUUUCCACACACAACUGAGGUCCAUACUAUUGGGUUUACGGAUGAACAUGACGCUUCACUUCUUUCGUGGUUAACAACGUGUGGAAGUAAAGGGGGAAACUUUUUAUAUAUCAAAGAGUCGAGUGAGAUUCAAAAUAUAUUAAGCGUAAUACUACCACUAUUGGAAUCAAGGGAUCGAACUCUUUAUGUUAAAGUUGGGGAGCAGGACCUAUUGGCGGAACAAUUCGAUGAUCAAGGCGUAGGAACGGUAAUCUUUAAGGGCAAGGUAGAGGGGGAACGAGUCACGGUCUUGAAACACCUGAGAGGACAAGAAAAGUAUGAAUUCCAACCGCCGCGUCAAAUUUCCGAUAGCAAUCCGGUGGCCAUACAAUCAACGGUUUAUUACAUUCAACAUGAAAUUCAAACUUUCACGAAUGAGAUAAUUAACUACCAAGAAUACGAUAAACACGAGAAGAUCCAAGAAUUCUUGAAUGAGGCAGAAAAAUUUGAGGAACACUUGAACAAUGUUUUGCAAACGAUGCCUAAAAGUGUCUGGGAGACACGCGACCAUAUUAUCCAGGACACCAGAUAUACGAUCGGCGAGUUUAAAAGUAUAUUAAUCAAGAAAUCGAAUAAUUCUUUGACAAAUGAUAAGAUUGCAAACUUCAACGACCUAAUAUAUAAGAACAUCCGCGAACUUAAAAAGCCUGAAAUCUUUAAACGCCCAACACAGGAAAUCGACGAUAAAUCCGAUAGCGACGACAAGUCAAUCAGUGACGACAGCGACAACACGUCAGUCGGUGAUGAUAAAUCGAUUUCAAUGCUACUCGAUAAAAUCAAUUCCCUCGAGGCCAUCAUAAACCAAAGAUUUGAUCUGUUGCAGUCGAGUGUUGCAAAAACUCCUCAACAUGAUAAAGUAGAAGCUGACCAAGAGCAUAACCAGGAUGGUCAUGGUAAUCAGGAUGGUCAUGGUAACCAGGAUGAUCAUAGUAACCAGGGUGAUCCUAGUAACCAGGACGAUCAUAGUAACCAGGAUAAUGAUGAUAACCAAGACAAACAUGAUAACCAGGAUAACCAUAGCAACCAGGUUAGCAAAGUUAAACAAUGUGAUCAGAGCGUCGAACAUGCAAAAAAACAAAUCAGAUGUGGGUCAAAGAUCGCCUUUGUUCAUGUGUCCACCGGGAGAUAUUUAUCCGCCAAUAUAAAGAAACUUAGCCAUCAGCGAUGCCCGGUCAUUGGUCGUGGACAGGAAAUGAAUCCAGACACCGACGUUUGGAUUGUCACUGAAGCUAACAAUAAAGGGAUGAAUGCGGGGUAUCCUGUACAAUUCAAUACCCUAAUCAGGUUCAGGCAUCAGGCAACAGAGGGGAAUCUACACAGCACUUCCUUGAAAAAUACCGCACCGAAAUCAAAUCACCACGGUGCGUCGGCGAAAAAUGCCCUAGCAAAAUCAAAGCAACGAGUGACCGUCUAUUUGGGUAGCAAUUCCGACGAUGAUUGGGUUGUUCGACGACAUGGCCCCGAUAAUGGCUCCAAUUACUUGACGGACGGCGAUGUCAUCAGCAUUAUACAUAAUGAGUCCCAUAAGACCGCACUCUGCAGCCGCGAUUCCCUUUUGAAUGACGGAACUCAAGAAGUUUACUGUUACGGAUAUGGAAAAGAUGAAAAUAUGGCGCAUUGA